GUUCAACUAUUACGACCCCCAGUGGGCAAAGGUUGAUGCUGGUGGAUACUUCAACGCCUCCUACAUUGUGGAGUCCCUCCUGUUGCCAAUCUCCUUCUUCAUGCACAUUGCCUGCUACAUUCAGAAGCAGAACGGCUGCCAUGGCCUCUCCAGCCUUCGUGAGCACCAGGACCCUCCCCGGGAAUCACUGGCAGGUGUUGAGCUUGCCGAGAGAUCAUGACCGCCUACGGAUUCAGAGAGAAGCGAGGCAGCUGUCCUGUUCGGCAUUGUCUGCGGCUGUUUUGGGUACUUUAGCUGCCAGCAGGAGAAGGUAUCAGAAGGGUCAUAGCGCGCGAGGAGCAGGUAUGAUGAGAUUGAAGGCCUCGGAGGUUGUGCUGCAGCACACUGAUGAUGACCUAUUUGACGUGGUGCCAGCCACUCCUGAGAGCUGGUCUUCGAAAAUGGGGAUCGUUCCGCCUGAUGACAUCAGAAGGCGGAUCAGGUUGACUCGAGGGAUGCUGGAGAGGGACAUCCUGGCCUACAUUGGUGAUACUGUGUGGGAAUACCUGGUUCUCCGGCACCAGUACCAGCAGGUGGUGCGUAGCCCCUUCACGGAGAGUCAGGAGGUGAGACUCCAAAGACAAGGCAAAGCUGGUGUGAUGCUCUACCGCAGCAGGAUUCUGACUAAACGGGAGCGACAAGUGAUGCUUGAGGGUGCCCAGAAGACCUGGAUGACAAAGGUCAGGAUGAACUUUGAGAGCAUCAGAAGCGUAGGCGUGAACAUGUAUUCAAAUGCAUUAGGCCUUCGAACUUUGCUGGGUUAUGCCUACAUGGACGCGGCCACGUCUGACCAAGAUGUGAUGAGAAUUGUGGAUGAGAUCGGGCUACUUGGCGCUCCUGGGGUGGAAGACCAGAUGCUGGCAGACAUCACAGGAGGCAUCUUUGAUCCUACCCUUCGACCGCCUGGCAACUACUUCUUGGCAUUGGCUCCUUUGGGCCAUGCCGCUCUCCGUCUUUACGUGAGCCGGUACUUGUGCGAGAGGCCUCUCAUUCCCAGCGAAUUUAUCUACAGAGUGAAACUGGCGCUGCGACAAGAGGAGCUUGAUGCUGCAGCGGUUGCCUUUCUGCUUGAUAGUGCCACGGCUGAAGAAGCCAAACUAAUGCAGGGCGCUCGAGAGCAAGGUGACAGUUAUGCUUUCUCCUUCGAGUGCUUGUUGGGCGACCUUGCUCUCAGACUGCCGUACCGAUUGCACCAGAUUGUGUCCCAGUUCGGUUGGGCGCAGCCUCUGGAAGGCACUUAGAGCAGCCGCUGAGCGCGAUCAGCGUGAAAAAGA